CCCAUCUAACAACCUCAAAUCCAUCUCAGUAUCUCUAUCCAAAUAGUGUUAUUCCCAUCGUCGAGUUAUCUGGGAACACAGCGUCGGUGCACAAUUCCGCUCGUUUCAGUUCCCAGCCUCGCCGACAAAUUGCGUGCGCCAAGAAAAAACACUUUACGCGUCGCGAACACGCUUAUUCUAGAACGCGACUUCUCAGACUUCUCCCUCCGACACACCCCGCCAUAUAUCCACGCAGGUGCACCCCUCGGUCUUCACCUGCCUUAACUCGUACAAUUACGAAAUUACGAUAUCAGCAUUGUUCCUGCAGCAAUUAGCAUAUCCAAUAUGUCAUCCAUAAAACGGAGGAAGGUGGACUCCACCACCGCGACGCGCUCUUCCGUCAGGGGAAUCGCGGCCUUCACGAAGGUUUCGAAGGCACAGGUUAUUUCGCAACCGCUAUACGACAAAAAUCUGGCAGCGACGACUAAUAUCGAUACGGCUGAUACAUUUGGGAAGAGGAAACUGCAAUCGGCGAAGGAGGAACUGGUUGAUCAAGAGGAGGAGCAAGCUUCGGUGCCGGUUAUAACUAUCACCAAGACUACCGAUCGACAAAUACGCCCUCUCCCACAACGACGUUCAGUCUCCGCGCAAAGCCUGCUCAAAACACCACAACGACCAAUUGUCAUCCCCGCAUCACCUAUCACCACACCCGGCUCCGUCGAGACACCCACCAAUGGCGCCCAAGACCUCCUCAACAGGAUAUGCCUCAACUCCCCCUCUUCCUCAACACCAUCCUCAUCCUUCGCCGAUUCAGAAAUCAACCUUGACUCCUCCCAAACAACAAUCUCCUCACAAUACGACCCCUCCUCCGACGAGCUACCACAAAAACUCAUCGAUCUCGCAAACCUACAUUCCUCCUUCCUAACCGCACUAUCAAUACACUACGCCCACAACGGCACCCACACCCCCGCCGACCUCCGCCUCCUCUGCCCCAACGUCACCCGCGCCUGGGGAAAGCGCCGCGUGGUUCUGGACGACAUCAAGCGGAUCCUCGCGAUCCUGAACCUAGACUCUGGUAGCGGCAGCACACUUCUCAGCCUUUCCGACUACGGGCAGAACAAAAUCUGCGUCGAAACCCGCGUCCCCGACCGCGCGGGCCGCAUUGCCAAACCCCUUGAUGAAAACACCAUGAAUGCGACUUUCACAGCUAACAUCACUUCCCUUUGGCACAAAUCCACCACCCACGAGAUCGACGACUUCAUCUCAACUCUCCCCGUCGAACCUGUUAGGAUAUGCUCUUCCCUCGCCAAAAUGUCCCCUUUACUCGCAAAAGGCCAGCGCCGCCUCGAAUUCAUCCGCGAGGGCAUCGCAAUCGGUAAAGCCAUUGAAGCCACCAAAACCACUGAUGUGAAGCCCCUCGACGCCUCAGGACCCCGACCCUCCCUCCUCGAGCGCCUCCGCGCCAAAGCCGUCGCCAAAUCCCUCGCGCCCGCCGGUCCAACCAAAGAAGACCUAGCCCGAAAAUCCGCGCUCGGCAGGGUGGAAGAAGUGGUCGCGACGCUGACGCAGCUCAGCACGAGCAGCAGCGCGGGACAGAGCAGGGUGAGCUUCACGAUGGCGACGGUGGUGGUUAGUCUGAAGGAUAGCUUUCGGUCGCCGAUUAGCGCGAGGGAGGCGGAGGAUUGUGUGAGGUUGCUUGCGGGGGAGAUUGCGCCGAGGUGGCUCAAGAUUGUGAAGAGGGGGAGGAUGGAGGCGGUGGUUGUUAGUAGGGAUGAGAGGCCUAGUGAUGCGGUGAUAAGGGAGAGGAUUGGGAAGGCGUGAGGAAGGAGCGGGUGGAUUAUUGUCUGGCAUUUUUUUGGGGGGGGUGUUUGAAUAGCGUGGAGUAUGUGUUUGGGUUUGGUGCAUGGUGCAUUGGAUGGGAUACCCAUUGUUUGAAGUCCAAGUGGACGUAUGUUUAAAGAAGCGUUAUGGGAGGAAUGAGGGUUGGAUAGUGUACGAUUGGAUAAGCUUGAAGCCGUACUAUUAAUGAAUUGAUGGA